AUGAGCAGUAGUGAACGUUCUAGUUCAUCCUCAGGGCGUCAGCGUAAUGCUCACUUUGCUGAUACUGUAGAUGAUCAGCAACAGCAACAACGCUUGUUAGUACCAUCUCUUCAGAUCCCUGAAGAUCAAUCUAGUGCAACAAUUGAAGUACCACUGGUUAAGCGUGUAGAAACAGUUAUUCCAGAUAUUGAAGUUAAAGAAGUUGUUAGAACAGUACCACGUGUAAUCCCUGAAUAUAGAGAAAAGGUUGUUGAAGUGCCAGUAAUUAAGACGGUUGAGAAGAUAGUUGAAGAGCCAGUGGUUAGAUAUAAUGUGAAGUACAUACCUAGAGAAGAGAUUAUCGAGAAAGUUGUGACUAAACCAGUGAUUGAGUAUAAAACUGUAGAGAAAGUGGUGGAAAAAGUUACCUAUGUUGAGGAACCAGAAGCUUCAACAAUUAAUCCACCUGAAUCUUUACCAAUAUUCCCUCCUAAUUCUAUACCAGCUGAUGGGCAGACAGUUGUAAGUAUAACUAGAGUGCCAGUUGGUGAUGCUGUACCUUCACUUAUUGAACUUCCAGUACCAUACAUGGUUCCAAAGCCAUUCAUAGUUCCUAUACAGGUCCCAGUACUUGAAUUCCGAGACCAUUAUGUCCCAAUACCAGUCAGGAAACGUGUAGUUCCUAAGUUCAAACUGACUGAAGAAGUUUAUGAAGUUGAAUGUCUUAGAGAAGUUCCAUAUUUCGUUUAUGAGGAUAUUAUUAAACCCAUACCAGUUGAUGUAGAGUUUGGGAAAUGUGAAAAAGAAAUGGAUGUUCAUUUAAUGAACCCAGCCGAAUUAUCACAAGCAGAUUUUCAUGCAAUGUGGAUGAGAGUUAAUGCUGAUUUAUUAGAGGAAAGGAGAAUAUUGGUUGGUGAGAUGGAAAUAGAUAGGAUGAUAACUCCCUACAGAGAAGCUAUGGAUGGUAUAAACUCUAAUGAAGAACCUAGCUUAGAACGUAUGCAAAGCUUUGAAAGACAGAUGAAUUUACAAAGACAAUUAUGGGAUCCAUUACCAAUGUCUCCUGGUAAUCCAUUGAUGAUGACAUAUUUACAAAAUCAGUGGAUAUUAACACCGACAAUACAGAUUCAAGAUAUGUAUACACAGGAAUUUUUCAUGUUACAGCAACAAGCUGUUUAUAAUCUAGUAACUGGGGCACCACAACAAGUUAAUCUAGCUCCUCAUCAAAUUUCCUUAUGUGGCUGCGAAGCAGCAGCAGGUAUUGUAGAUAUUGAAUCUUUACCACCUGGAGCUCAAAAUCUAAUAAAAGGUCUUGAAUCAAAAGAAAUUGCGAGUGUUGAUGCAUUAGGACCAAUGGAUCAAACCCCUAUCGUAACAUAUCCAAUACAACAAUGCAUCCCAAUGGCUGUACUUGGUGCUGCUCCACUUAGCUUACCUCAUGAUAUUGUACCAAUUAAACCUGAGCCCAUCGAUAUUUCUCAACAAGAAGAAUAUUCUCUAGCAUCAAUAUGCUGUAAUCCAAGGGAACAAGUUGAAUAG